AUCUCAAAUCUUCCCGAUUGUCGAGGUCCAUGCAACUAUAUAAACCCCGGCCUAUCACCAAAUCCAAAAUCACUAGCAUUCCUCAACCCAAUCUGUUGCUCUCUCUCUUCAAUCAUCAUUAAUUUAAACCUGCAGCUUCGCUACAAAACCGACAGAGGGAAUUAACUGUACGUUUAUUAAGAUCAUGAGCUCUAGGCCAGGAGAUUGGAACUGUAGGUCGUGCCAACACCUCAACUUCCAGAGAAGGGAGUCGUGCCAACGCUGUGGAGAGCCAAGGCCUUCUUCUGCAGGCGGCGGGGACCACUUUGGUGGAAGAGGCAUGAUGAGCUCAUCGUCUAAUUUUGGGUUCAACACAGGCCCUGAUGUGAGGCCCGGUGACUGGUACUGCACUGUAGCCAAAUGCGGCACACACAACUUUGCCAGCCGUUCUAGCUGCUUCAAGUGUGGCGCUUCCAAGGAAGAUUCAUCCUCCGACAGUGGCGGUUAUGAAAGCGAAUUAACUUCCCGCAUGAGGGGGUUUGGGUUCGGUGGUGGUGGCAGCAGCAGCAGCUCCAGUCGCUCUGGAUGGAAAUCCGGAGACUGGAUUUGCACCAGGUCUGGUUGCAAUGAACACAAUUUUGCUAGCAGGAUGGAGUGUUUCAGGUGCAAUGCUCCCAGAGACUCUGGUAGCAAAUAUUCAUAUUAAUUAAUUAAUAUCAUAUUCUCCAGUUGGGGGGUACUGCAUGGCGCAUGAUUCAAUGAUCAAUCGAAGAGAGUGGAGAAGGAUAAGAUUUCACCAUCCAGAGAUUGCUGAUCUGUUUGUUCCUAUGUAGCUCGAUCUACAUCUUUAUUUAUUCUCUCCUAUUUUUGAAGAAUUUGUUUGAGGAUUUGAAUUAGGCACCAUUUAGCAUUUUGUGAGCUUAUAAAUUUAGUUAUGUGGCAUCAUUGAUGUAUUACUAGCAAGUUUUAAUUAAUUAUAUAUAUGUAUUGUGUUUUUU